AUGUCGGCGGAAAGUUCGCCGAUAAAGUCUUCAAGAUCUUUGAAUAAAAUUGACAGUCUCGAUGACUUCGAAAACCAAGAUACAUUGUUAAAACAUGUUGAUAUAUCAAUUGUGGAGUCAGAAAAGCGCGCUAACGGUACUUUGCAUGUACGCGAUCACUACACCGUGUAUCUAAUUGAUCUCAAAGUAACAGAUCCUGAAUAUAAAAUAGUUCAGUCUAAAAUAAGCACAAUAUGGAGAAGAUACACAGAAUUUGAACAAAUACAUGAUUAUAUGCAAGUGACCUAUCCACAUGUUGUCAUUCCACCUCUGCCAGAGAAAAGGGUUUUAUAUGCUUGGCGUAAAUCUGAUACAACAGAUCCCGAGUUCAUAGAAAGGAGAAGAGCUGGUCUUGAGAACUUCUUGCUACGAGUUGCAUCUCAUCCCCAGCUUUGUUUUGAUGAUCAAUUCAUAAAUUUCCUCCAACAAGAACAUGGAUGGAGGGAGACCAUAACAGAUAGUGGCUAUCUUUUACAUGCGGAAAAUAAACUAAAGUCAUUCUCAGUGUCUAUAAGGCUUAAGAAGCCCGAUCCUGAAAUUGAUGGGGUAAAAAACUACGGUAGGCUUCUUGAAACAAAUUUAGGCAACUUUCUUUACACCAGGUCUAAAAUUAUUGAAAAGAAUUACGCACUUUGUAAGUUACAUGCUAACUAUGGAAAGUUAUUCAGUGAAUGGAGUGUGAUUGAGAAGGAGAUGGGAGAUGGAUUGCAGAAGGCUGGCCAUUAUUUUGAUUCGAUAGCGGACUCGAUAGAAUCAGUAGCGGAGGAUGAGGAGCAGUUGGCAGAUCAGCUGAAGGAGUACCUGUUCUAUGCAGAAGCGUUGCAACAGCUAUGUGCCAACCACGAGGCGCUGCAGUGGGCGUUAGAGACAGCCCAUGAAGCCCUUAAUAACCGGAUAGCGGAAAGGAACCGUGCGGCGGCGGGCAAGUCGGGCAUCAUGUCGCGUAUAUUCGGCACCACCGACCCCGACAUAGUGCGCGACCAGAGCACGCGCGCGCUCGACUCCAAGAUACAAGCGGACAGAGACGCCAUUGAAAAGGCCAGGAGAGACCUAGAAGACUUCACAAAGAAAGCUACAGUGGAAAUAGAACACUUUCAAAAGCAGAAAGACAAAGAUCUACAUGAAUCACUCGUUGCAUUCAUUACUCUGCAAGUGAAAGCGGCCAAAAAGAACCUACAAGCGUGGACGCAAAUCAAAGAAUGUCUACAAAAUAUGCCC